AUGGAAGGCAGUCUAGCUAAUGAGCUCUACUCGGACACCUUGCAGCUAUCAAAACUUGGCUUGGGUCCAAUUUCUACUGCCAGCAGCAAGCAGAGUGAGUCACAUGUUUCUCCUAAUAUUCCUCCUCCAUCCACUGUCUUAGAUCCUCUCAAUGCUACCGAGAUUGGAUAUCGUGAUGGUCUCAUGAUGGGGAAAGAAGCAUCUGCACAAGAGGGGUUUAAUAUUGGCUUCAAGGAAUCCAUGUCUGUUGGGUCCAACUGGGGUUUUGUUAGAGGUGUUACUAGUGCUCUAGCUUGCCUUCUGGAUGGAUUGAGAGAAAGGUUGGUUGGAACACAGGAAAAGAGAAACAAGUUCCUAUGCUUGUAUGAAUCCGUGCAUUCUCUUUCAACGACAAGUACACUGAAAUUGUUCAAUGAUGAGCUGACAAACAAAUCAGUUGAACACACUCAUAAUGCGGAGUCCAGUUCCCGCACAGCUGAUCUGCAUGAUCAGAGGUCGGAUGGCAUUCUUUUGGAAAAUUACUACAAAGAGCUUCAGUCGCUUAUUCUUGAAUCUCCUGCACUCAAAAUGGAUUCAGAGAUACACCAGUAG